AUGAGAUUGGUGAGACGAAAACGGAAACGACCCCAACUUCAAGGGCGAAGCAAUAGAAACUUCUUGUGGAUUUGCUGUGUGGUGGUGGCCAUUGGUGUGACCCUGUCGUUGGUAUCGUUCAUUCCGGUCUCAUCUAGAUUCAAUCCCUCUGAAAUAUGGAAGAAGACUGGCAUCGAACUGGCAACAAGUGGCAAGAUGGUCUUUCACAGCACUGGAAUGGAAGCCAAUUGGGGUCUCACAACGGCUGCCCAGGAUUGGAGGAACUACGAUGCCAAUCGCACCAUUGCCUUUAUCCACAUUGGGAAAGCUGGAGGCUUGACGGUUCGGAGUUCCACCGGUCUGGUCUGCCGGCCAAUGGGUGUUGGAAAAAAGAAAGAAAUUGAUGGUCAAAUUGUGAGAGUCGUCUUCAACCAAAGCGAGGAGCAGGUUGAAACUUGUGUCAACAAACGAUUCUAUAGCAAUUUGACACUGCCACGGCAAGUGAAAUACUACUUUCACAUGCAUGGACAUCGGCCCGAAGAACUGGCCAAAUCCACCAGCUUUCUGGUGGUUCUACGACACCCCGUCGAUCGACUCAUUUCGAGUUAUCGAUAUAGCCAUCCAGCCAAUUGCCGCGGAAAAUUGCGGAAAGGUCCCUUCAAGCCCUAUGGGUGCCAUAUCGAAGAAAGCUCCCAAACACGAGGAACGGCCGAUUAUCAAGUCCACAGACGAUGCUGGCCGUCGCCUGGAAUGGAAGAUUUUGCGCAGGCGGUGCUGUCUCCUUAUGCCGAAUUCAACACGAGCCAUCUUGCUAAUGAAACACUACAAUAUCAAAAGGAAUCUCCCAAAUUGUGUCGACGAAUGGCACAUCGCAUGGCACGGGGUUUAGGACCCAUUCAUCCCAAUCCACACAUGUUGUACAAUUACGAGUACUACAUGAAUCGCACCGUCCUCAAAUACCCGGACAAGGAAGUGUUUGGAAUUCGCACGGAACAUGAGUGGAAGGAUCUUGGGGAUUUGGACGUGGCCCUUGGUGGCGCGGCAGCAUACCAAAAGAUGUGCUGUGUACUGGAAAGGGAAAUUUUUUAUUAUCUGAAGCUCUUGUUCAAGGUCAAAAACUUGGAUGACGAUGUCAAACAAAAAGGAUUGGAGAAAGUCCGGACUUCUUGUGGUAUUGGCUCGCAAUCUCUGGACGAAUGGAGAACACAGUGUCAAGCCAGAAUAGAACAAGAUCGACCCCUCUGGGAAGUCAAGACGCCGCCCAAGCAAAAUAGGACCGCAAUGCAACAAAAUCGAAGGAACAGAACAGUACCAGAACUAAUUCACACUGACAUGUUUCGGCCGCGGGACAGGACAGCACCAGAACUGCGGUUGCGCACCCAGCUGCAGGGGAAACGACUGCCCCAGAACGCAACACGGCCUCGGCGCAAAAGGCGGCCACAGGGACCAGACGAUGGUCCUACAUUAUACAUAUUCAACGAAACGGCAGAUCCUGAGGGCUACAAAGCCAGGCUUCGGCAGCAUAUGAAGACAUCUGGAGUCCAAGCCUACUUUACCGGGGAUGCUCCAACACGUGAGGCAAAAAAAGCUCAAUUGUUGGACAGGUUGCACAAGAUGGGAGUGCACCCCGACAACCUUGACGGUCUAAAAGCAGCGUCGAAACGUGACCAAACUUGA